AUGGGCAAUCGGCUACAACGCUUACCCGAAAAUUAAGAGGAUGAGAUUGGGACUUAAACUCGGGACAGUGAGGAUGCAGAAAAACCAAGCAUAAACUUUGACCCGAGUCUUCCAACUUCACAUGCUGUGGGUUUCAUAUUUACAUUACAAAGUAUUUACGAUGACGACAGAUGCCAGACCAUCCCAGUGCUUCCAUUCACCGCUGUCAUGCUUAUCCCUGGACAGACCCUGCGGCUGCAGCUCUUCAGACUGCAGGAGGUCAGCAUGAUGCGCAACAUCAUCCAGAGAGACCCCACCUUUGCUGUGCUCGCACACGGGUAUAGAGUGAAGGGAGGGAGAGAAGUGCAUGCAGAGUUUGGGACGACAGCUGAAAUCUAUGCUUAUCGGGAGGGGCAGGAGUACGGCAUCGAGACUGUCAAAGUGAAGGUAGUCGGACGGCAGCGGUUCAAGGUCCAUGAGAUCAGAACCCAGGCAGAUGGAGUGGCAGCCUGUUUGCCCAUAGACGAUGCCCUCCGGCUCCAGCUGCUGAAGAUAGGCAGUGCCAUCCAGAGGCUGUGCUGUGAGCUGGACAUCAUGGACUGGUAUGGACCUCCUUCAUCUUUCAAUCACCCAUGUGGGUAUGUCCAUGAGACCCUGACUGUCUACAAAGCCAGCAACCUCAACCUGGUCCGCAGGCUGUCUACGCUCCACAGCUGGUUUUCAGGCUAUGCCUGGACGAUCGCUCAGUGUCAGAUCUGUGGCUCCCACAUGGGCUGGAAGUUCACGGCCACCAAGACGGACUUGUCCCCUCCUCGUUUCUGGGGCCUGACCCGCUCAGCAAUGCUGCUCCGCAUCCCCCAGACAGGUGGCCAGGAGGGAGACGAGGGCUCCCGCCUGGUUUGCCUGUGGCAACAUGAGGACCUCCCUGCCACCCAUGUCGCCAACACACCCUGUCCACUGGUGAGCGCCUCUCCUUAG